ACAAACUUUUAACUCAAAAUAAUACAAAGCGGAGUGCUUGUUACUCCCCUUGUUUCAGCUCUUUAUCGUUGACAUCUAAAGAGGUGGGUUACCGCCAUGACAACGAGACAACGCUUGCGAAGUAUUUGACAAGCCAUGUCUCGAAUCCAGCUGAUAUCGGCAGUGUUGUCGUCAGAAAAAGCCGUCAAGAAAAUCCUGCAGACGUCGCCAGUUGUAGGAAUGAGUUGCAAGGGAGCUAACCUCGGACAGAAAGGAGGAUCCAUCUAUCUUAUCGUGGUGUCCACACCAGACGACGGCGUCUACGUGUUCGAUGUAAGGCGAGAUCGCAACAUCGUGCUGGACGGGGGCUUGGUUCGGCUGCUGCAAUCUACGGACGUCUUGAAGGUGAUUCAUAACUGUGGACCGGACUCUGCAACAUUACAUUUUGAAUUUGGAGUCAAACUUCGCAACUGUUUUGAUACACAGGUUGCUUAUCGCGUGAUACUAGAACAGCAGGGUCUCCCUCCCAGGGUAACCAGUUUUCCUAACCUGUGUGCAGUAUAUCACAUACAGCUCUAUCAACCAACAGCGCAGUUACAGCAACUUCUGAAAGAUGACCAGAACGUGUGGGCUAGACGACCUAUUACAAAGGACAUGCUAAACACCGCUGCUGCUGACGUCAUUCCUCUGACGUCAUGUCUUCACAGACAGCUCAGUAGUGAACUGCUUGAAGAAUCCAUGGAAUGGUUCGACGUCCUGUGUGAAGAAAAUCGCCAAAGCUACAUAUUUUAUAACUCUGUUGCUAAGAGACGAAAACAACGCAAAGACUUGACGUUCACGAAAGAACUACAGGACAGUCCAGUGAUGAAACUCACAGAUACUCAAAGACAUUUCGUUCGUGGAUCAGUAACAGAAGGCCGAAAUUGAAAACACGACAAAAAAAACAAAACAAAAGACAAAGAAAAAUGCAUCAGCUUAAAGCUACAGUCUUGUGUCAAUACAGUUUUAAUAAACUCGUGUUAUUCUCUGUCAA